GUAACACAGCAUCACAACUUUCCUUGAUCAUUUACAACAUCUUCGGUUAAGAAUAAACCCUUUGAUAUCCUUCUCAUCAUCAAAGAUCUUCCAGAAUCCAAAAAAAUGGCCAUUCGUAUGCCUCGGAUCGUUCAAGCAAAACAAAUCCUUCGAAGGUCAUUCUCAAAUGGGAGAAGUACAACAACAUCAAUGAACAUCCCAUCAGGCUAUUUUGCGGUUUAUGUUGGAGAACAAGAAAAGAAGCGAUUUGUGGUUCCAGUUUCAUUAUUGAGGCAACCUUCAUUCCAAAAACUACUACACCAGUCAGAAGAAGAAUUUGGGUAUAACCAUCCAAUGGGUGGCCUCACAAUUCCAUGCAGUGAAGACAUAUUCAUUGAUCUUGCUGGUAGUUUAGGUGCCUUAUGAGUUAGAUAUAACAUUGUAGAUUACUAAUCAUUUAGUACCUUUUAGUAUUGUUUGUAGACAGAGACUUGUUUCAUUUGCAAGAAACUCUAAAUAGAAAUUGUCUUAUAUAA